GAGGUUUAGGGGGUGUGAGAAAACAGACUGCACUUUAGAUUUUCAGUCAGAUGUGUUAACCUGGACAGCAUACAUACUAAUAUUAUCUAUUACUUGUGACUGAGAUAGCUCAGCCUUAUGAUCUCACACAGCAGCAACUCUGUGUCCCCUUGCCCUUCUUCGGAAUAGGAAGUUGCUUCACUCCUGAUGUGACGUUCCUAGCCGAAGUGAGGCCCUCCCACUUACAGACCGAAUGGAUGUUUUGCAUUAGUUGGCUACUCGCUAACAUGGGGGCACGGAGUCCUAGGCUAGAGCGGCCACGGCCACGUUUGGAUUUGGUUUUCUUGCGAAGGUUUAUAAACCUGUGUGUUGUGCUCUUCCCUCGCUGGUCAUCUCAGAAUGUGCUCAUGUUCCUCACCCUGCUUAUGGUAGCCCUUACAGGCCAGCUGUUAGUGUACCAGGUUGGAAUACUACCCAGUCAGUUUUAUGGGGUUCUGGCAGAUAGAGAUCUGCAUGGUUUUCAGCACCUCUCAAUCAUUGCAUUGUUACUGAUCUUUCUCAACUCAAUGCUGUGCAGUGUUGAGCAAUAUGUUAGCAAAUUGGCUUAUGUGAGUUGCCGCCGUGAUAUGACUGGAUUUCUGCAUAGACUGUACUUCCACAAUCAAGUGUAUUACACACUGAGUGUAGAGCACCCACACAUCGAUAAUCCAGAUCAGCGAAUGACGCAGGAUGUGGAAAGACUGUGUCGGGAACUUAGCUCUUGUGCCAGCCAAGUCUUGACAACACCUUUUACCCUGGUGUAUUACUCCUACCAGUGCGCUGUGAACACAGGAUGGAUGGGCCCAGUCUCCAUUUUUGGAUAUUUUGUAGUUGGGUCUUUGCUUAACAAAAUUUUGAUGGGUCCUGUAAUACCAAAAUUGGUUCAACAAGAGAAGCUAGAAGGAGACUUUCGUUACAAGCAUGUGCAAGUUCGUGUGAAUGCUGAGGCAGCUGCGUUUUACAGAGCAGGCUCAGUGGAACUCUCUCGAACUGACAGCCGUCUCCAGAAACUUAUUGUGGCGCAGAAGGAUUUGAUUAAUCAGGAGCUGUGGUUGAACUUUGGAACAAACACCUUUAAUUACCUGGGUGGUAUCCUAAGUUAUAUGAUCAUUGCUGUCCCAAUCUUCACUGGAAUGUAUGCAGACCUGAGCCCGGCAGAGCUGAGUGAACUUAUCAGCAAGAAUGCAUUUGUGUCAAUUUACCUGAUUAGCUGCUUCAGUAAACUCAUUGACCUAUCCAGCAGCCUCUGUGAUGUGGCUGGAUAUACACAUAGGAUUGCAGAGCUGAAGGAGGUGAUGCUGGAUCUCUCUAAGUCACACAAUUGUUGCAAUAACCUAGUGGAACCUCAAGACACAAACAGUAGCACACUGGAAGCAAAAUCACAGUCAGUUGACCCUGAGCUCAUUCUGGAUAACAUAACCAUUACCACUCCAGGAUCAGAGUGCACACUUGUGCGUGACCUAAGUUUGCAGGUGUGUGAAGGGAGCAACAUUCUGAUCACAGGAGACUCCGGCAGUGGCAAAUCCUCCAUAUUGCGUGUAUUAGCUGGCCUUUGGGAAACCAAACGAGGUCAAGUUUCUGUUCUUACACAAUUUGGUCCCCAUGGGGUCUUAUUUCUCCCACAAAAGCCAUUCCUCAGUGAUGGAAGUUUAAGGGAACAGGUGAUUUACCCAUUAAAGGAAGUUUACCCAGAUUCCGGGUGGGUUGAUGAUGAAAGGAUACUGAAAUCACUGGAGAUGGCUGGGCUGGUACCUCUGAUAAAUAGAACAGGUGGACUUGAUCAAAAGGUGGACUGGAACUGGGCAGAAGUUUUGUCUCCAGGAGAAAUGCAGCGUUUGGCUUUUACACGACUUUUCUAUCUACAACCAAAAUAUGCAGUUCUAGAUGAAGUUAGCAGUGCUCUGAGUGAACAAGCUGAGGACAAGCUGUACAGAGGGUGCCAAGAGCUUGGAAUGACUCUUAUAAGUGUGGGACACAGACAGAGCCUACAGAAGUUUCAUGACUGGGAGCUAAGAGUUGGUUCUGAUGGGCACUGGGAAUUCAAACGAAUAAAGAAACAGUGAUGGAAAACUCAGAUGGACACACUGACAUUUCCAAACAAAGUGAAUAUGGGUUGGACUUCCCCUACACAUGUUUGCACUGCUGCAUUUGUUUUAUAAAAACAUUUUUUAAUUACUGGAAAGUAAUCAUUUUUUGUGCCAUUAUAGUGCUCAUCACUCCAACAACUGCUACUAAACGUAAGGCUGCAUGAAGACCUGGAUUUAGCCAAAUCUCCUGAUAUUUAGCAAGAUUUUUAUUCAAACAUCAUCUUAAACAUCUCUCUCUUUUUGUAAAUUUAAAGGGGCAUUAUACCCCCUUGUUCAUCAAACUCAAUUUGACUAUUGUUUUAAUCAUGAAUAAUCUAUGGGUUUUGUUAUUACAUAGACAGGUCGAUAGAUGUGUGUCUUUUUUCAACCUAAUUUACUAUUUAACUAUGUUAUUUUAAGCUAAACAGGGAAAUUGAAGAUAUAGGUAUGGGAUCUGUUAUACUGUGAUACAAAUGUGCACUGGAAAUCUAAUUAUCGACCGCUCAAGGACCAAACAUGGAGUUGUUGUAAUUUCCCUGUCUGCCCAGUUAAGCUCAAUAAAUAACAAAAGCCAUACAUUUUUUGUGAUUAAAAAAAGGUAAAAAACUGCC